GUACUUUUUCAUGAAGAUGGUAUUGAAGCUGAGUCGCAUCCAUACUGGUAUGGCCGAGUGGUUGGGAUCUUCCAUGUGAUGGUGAAGCACUCUGGCAUCUGGUCGAAGUCAUCUGAGCCUCAUUUCGAUACACUAUGGCUACCUCGCAUUGGAUUUGUUCCUGAUGAAGAUUUGCAUGCUUUCAUGUUUGUGAACCCAGAUGAGGUGUUGCAUGCUGCACAUCUAAUCCUCGCAUUUGCUUGUGGCCAUACCAUGGACCUCCUGCCACGUUCAGCCAUGUGA